UGGUCAUCUGAAGACGGGCUGCGCCACCGCUAACCGCUCGAGCCCAUCUCACCAGCCACUCAGGAGAAAGGUCUGAGACGGCUUUUCAACACUGUUUGGGGAGCUUUUGGAGCUAUUAUGGCAAUCUAAUUAUCAUAUAGGACAAGAACACUUCAUUUGGUGUAUCUAGAACACUUGACAUGGAUUUUCAUUUUAAGUGAAAACUGAAUUUCACACAGUGGUUGACUGACAAACUGCUGCACAAUGGCUCAAAUGGAUGCAGACUUUGGUGUGAAGAGCAGCAGCAUCAUCAGGGAGUGGAGUGGACAGGUCCAUCUUGCUCUGGUUGCCUCGUUUGUCUUCCUCUUCUGUCUGGAAGCCUGUCUGUGGGUCAGGAACCUCCGGCUUAAGAAACGACUGCCGGGACCGUUCGCCUGGCCCGUGGUGGGCAACGCCUUGCAGCUGGGCCAGAUGCCUCACAUCACCUUCAGCAAGUUGGCCAAGAAAUAUGGGGACGUGUACCAGAUACGCCUGGGCUGCAGCGACGUGGUGGUCCUGAAUGGAGACCGGGUGAUCCGUCAGGCCCUGAUACAGCACAGCACGGAGUUUGCAGGCAGACCAAACUUUGUGUCUUUCCAGAUGAUCUCUGGAGGGAAGAGCUUAAGCUUCACAAAUUAUAGCAAACAGUGGAGGAUUCACCGGAAAAUCGCUCAAACAACAAUCAGAGCAUUCUCCUGCGCUGACAGCCAAACCAAAAAGGUUUUUGAGCAGCAAAUUGUGGCUGAGGCCACAGAGCUAGUUGAGAUUUUCCUCAAACUCAGCGCUCAGAGACAGUAUUUCAAUCCGGCUCAUGAGCUCACUGUAGCCGCUGCUAAUGUGAUUUGUGCCUUGUGCUUCGGAAAGCGCUAUGGGCACGAUGAUACAGAGUUUAGAAAGUUGUUACAGCAGAAUAAUCAGUUUGGACAGACCGUCGGGGCUGGCAGCUUGGUCGAUGUAAUGCCAUGGCUUCAGUCUUUCCCCAAUCCAGUCCGACGAAUGUUCAAGAACUUCAAAUACUUAAAUCAAGAGUUUUUCGGGUUUGUCAAGAGCAAGGUGGAUGAACAUAGAGCGACUUUUCACCCAGAAAUAACAAGAGAUAUAAGCGAUGCCAUCAUUGGAGUCAUUAAGGACGCUGACAGUGACGCUCAGCUCUCCACAGACCACACAGAGGCAACGGUGGCAGAUUUGCUCGGUGCAGGCAUGGACACCGUCUCCACUGCUCUUCACUGGAUUGUCCUCCUGCUGGCUAAACAUCCCGACGUCCAAGCCAGACUCCACGAGCUCGUUGACAGGGUGGUGGGGCGAGACAGGCUGCCAUCUGUGGAGGACAGAAUACAUCUGCCGUACCUGGACGCCUUCAUCUACGAGACGAUGCGCUUCACCAGCUUCGUCCCCGUCACCAUCCCCCACUCCACCACGUCAGACGUCACCGUCGGAGGUCUCAACAUCCCCAAAGACACGGUGGUCUUCAUAAAUCAGUGGUCCGUCAACCAGGACCCGUUGAGGUGGAAGGACCCCCACGUCUUCGACCCCUCCCGCUUCAUGGAUGAAAACGGCUGCCUCGACAAGGAUCUCACCAACAAUGUCAUGAUCUUCUCUGCGGGGAAGAGAAGAUGCAUCGGGGACCAGGUCGCCAAAGUUGAGAUUUAUUUGCUCUUUGCGAUUCUUCUCCACCAGUGCAGCUUUGAAAAAUGUCCAGAUCAGGACUUCUCUUUAAACUAUACUUACGGUUUAACACUGAAGCCUUUAGAUUACAAAAUCACUGCCAAACUCAGGGGAGAAGUACUUAAAAGCCAGUAAAAAUCUGUUUGAUUUUCUCCUCCAGCAUACUUGCUCUGACAUGAGCACUUAUGCUCCGAAAUAAAGCUAGUUAAAAGUAAUAGCUUAAACUAAACCAAAAAAAAAAAAAUGAGGUAAGCAUUUUCACAUGUAUUAUGUAUUAAAACAAAAAGAAAGGCGAAGCACCAUUACAUUAAGUAUUUCAACCUUCACCUCUGAAAUGCUUUGACUCAGUGGUGAAAGUCAAUUAUAGAAAAAAAAACCUCAUGCAAACUUAAAUGUGGCUGCUCUGCAGCCACAAUUCCUAAUAAAGCUUAUUAAGUGCUCAAUGUUUAUUAUUUGAUGACAUUUAGCAGGAAUUUCAAGUUACAACAUGAUUUAUACAUUUUUCUGGGUUUUUUUCUUUCUUUUUUUUUACUGACAGAGAAAAAUCCAGCUGUGUGUUUGGACAUAGCUGCUCAAUUUAUUUUUAUGCGUGGUGAACGUUUUGUAUGUAAAAGCUUAAUUCAAAUACCAGCUCUGUACACUCACGUCCUUUUAAAUUACACAUAUAACUCAAGUACUUCAAUAAAAAGUGUGUAAUUUUAAUAGUUAAGCAGCUGGUUACGGCCGCUGUCUUCCUUAUCUUAUACCCAUUAUGUAUUAAUGUACGGCAUCAUUGAAGCAUAUCUCAAGAUACUUAUUAUUUUCUGUAUUUAAUGUUAUCCAGUGUGACAAAGUCAUUGAAUCUACAAUAAACAAUUGAAACUGACUUUUUUAUCAAAGUUCUGUGGGGUUUAUCAGCGGAAGCGCUGAGAAUCAUGGGAGGCCAGAGAAGUGUAAGUGAUAAUAAUAGAUGGUGAUGUCUGGUCUCUGCGCUGCUGUGAAAGAUUAAUAUGGUUUACACAGUGUUGUUUGAGAAGCUUAGCAUGCAGGCUGUGAAUAUUUAACAGGGGCUGCGCUGUGCUCUUC